AUGGCAGAUAAUCUUACACCAUAUGGAACAGCUACGCAAAGUUCCUGGCUUGAAGGUGGUCAUGGUCAUGCUCAAUUUGCUAUACAACCACCUAUAUCAAAUGCAUUUAGUAUGACAAUAUGUUCCCAUACAGCCUUAAGUAAUAAACCAGCAUGGUGGAUGUUUCAAUUUUCUGUCGAAUCUGCCUUUAUCACAGAAGUUCAAAUAUACUACAGACACGGGGCUGCCUAUCGUAUGGAUGGAUUUAAGUUAUAUGUAACCAACACAUCAACUAUUCCACCUAUUGGUUAUCUAUGUUAUGAAGAUCCCGAUCCUGGUUUUCCAAACAUCACUCAGACAAUUCCAUGUUUACAAUUUGGAAAAUAUUUAAUAUAUUACGACACUAAAGGAGAUAUAGAAUACGGACCUUUGGUGGAAUUAUGCUAUGUCGCUAUUUAUGGAUGCCCAAAAGGUAUGUGGGGUCCAAAUUGUAACAACGCAUGCUCAUCUUUAUGCGUAAGUCAACACUGUCAUCCUGAAAAUGGUUCCUGUGUUUACGGAUGUGACCCACAGCAAUGUUUGAAUACUAUAUGCGACAUAUACAGAGGCGCUUGUACAAAAGGGUGUGCAACUGGAUGGGAAGGGCAGUACUGUUUAUGUACCAGAUGUAGGUAUAUCUUUCUGAAAGUAAUCGAUUUUAACGUAAUCUAGAAGACUUUCCAUAUAACAUGUAUAAAAAUGAAAUAUAUUUGAAUUAGACAGAGAUGAAAAUGUUUGUUAUAUUUUUGGAAAGUCACUGUGAAAAUAUUAUCUUUUAUUAAGCCAUCAUAUAACCUAUAUAUUGAGAAUACAUUCUAGUUAUUACAUUAUCAAAGGCGUUGUUGUUCUUUUCAGCUAUUUAAAACUCAGUUUAUUUCGAAAAAGUGCAAACAUUUUUUUUUUUAUUUAACAAUGUAUUGUAUUUUACAUGUUAGUCAUUAAUUGUUUAAACUGCCGAUAGCUUUAAUUAACAUUUUAAUAUACCUAUGUCUGUAUAUACAUUUACAUAAAAAGAAAGCUUUGCUUAUUUGCUUUAAACUCACAUAUAUCAGAAAGAAAGUUUGUUUUUCAUGUUCAUUUAACGUACAUCGGUCAACAUUUACUAUAAUGGGAUGUUAUGUUCCCCAUUUUAUAGUCUUGUUGAAAAUAGCUACAGUUCGUAUGUUACUUGUUUACCUAUUCUACAGAAGUGCAUAAUGUUAAUAAUUGAAAUAUACGCAGAUAUUACUCUAUGUCUCAAUAUUUGAAAGGUGAAAUUGCAUUUACACCAUAUAAUGCUCAAAUUGAUUUAGAAUAAAUUAGUAUGCAUACCAUAAAAUAAUAUUUAUUGAUAAUUUGAAUAUGUCAUUUUCACACUAUUUACCAGUGUAUUGUAUACAAAAUCAUUAUACCUUCCAAAAGUUUCAUUUAUGUUUUCCUUUCCGAUCAUUUUGACAUAAUUAAUAUUUUUUGUAUAUUUUGUUCCAUAAUAUCAUGCCACUCAAUUGGUCCAAGGUAAAGCAGCUUCUAAUGAGACCAUCACCAACAAGCCAAUGUACAGUAUACCGUAAACUGUGUACACACGUGAAUAAGAGACGUAUUAUAAAUGCUUCAUAAUAUCUGGACUUACUACAGAUCUGCUGAAUGUAGAAAUAACGAAUAAAGACAACACAAUAAUGAUAACGUGAAUACUCAUUGGUAGGUACAAUGUCGAUGACAGUUUUUAAGUAUUCAAUUCUGUUUUUUAUUGUAAGAAUAUAUGUGGAAAAAUAAUGGUUGAUAUAUUGUACACUGUAACAAAAUGAAAGA